AUGGCUUGCAUGAGACUUGGCUCUAAAUCUGAAGCCUUCCAUCGCGAUGGCCGAACUUGGUUAUGCACCACUGGGCUUCCAAGCGAUAUUGCCAUUGAAGUUGGGGAAAUGUCCUUUCAUCUCCACAAGUUUCCUUUGCUUUCGAGAAGUGGGCUACUGGAGAAGCUCAUCGAAGAGUUCAACAAUGGCGGAGAGGAAGCAACUGGGUCAUCAUCAGCUCCUUGUGUAUUAGAUCUUCAUGACCUACCUGGUGGAGCUAAAGCUUUUGAGCUCAUAGCUAAGUUCUGCUAUGGCGUCAAAACAGAGCUCACUUCCUCUAACGUCGUCAGUCUCAGAUGUGCAGCUGAGUAUCUCCAAAUGACUGAAGAAUUCGGUGAAGGGAAUCUCAUUUCAUUGACUGAGUCUCUUCUUAAUGAAGUUUUUAGCAACUGGGUAGACUCUAUCAAAGCUCUGGAAACAUGUGAAGAGAUUCAAACCCCAGCUGAAGAUCUCCAUAUUGUUUCCAGGCUCAUUGAUUCACUAGCCAUGAAAGCUUGUGCUGAUCCUGGUUUGUUUAAUUGGCCUUUAGCAGACCAAAACGACGUUAAGAUCAGUCCCAAAACCGCUUCUUUAUGGAAUGGAAUAUAUUCUGAAACUAAACCUACUCUUCCUCUUGGAGAUGACUGGUGGUUCGACGACGUGUCGUUUCUUAGUAUGAAUCUCUAUAAACGACUUAUCUUAGCUGUUGAAGAAAGAGGAAUGAAGCCUGAAACAAUAGCUGCUUCAAUCAUGUACUAUGCCAAGAAAUACCUUCCAUUAUUAAUGAGCACUCAAACGACCUUGAACGAUUACAAUUAUGUCAACAACUCAUCUGGUGCGACCAUUUCCGAGUCAGAAAUGAGGACUCUUCUUGAAGAGAUUGUUGGAUUGCUUCCAUACAAAAAAGGGGUCACUUCUUCAAAGAGUCUCUUAAAGCUUCUUAGAGUUGCCAUGAUCUUACAAGCCAGCUCUUCUUGUAGAGAGAAUUUGGAGAAAAGAAUUGGGACCCAAUUGGACCAAGCUUCAUUGGUUGAUCUUCUUAUUCCAAAUAUGGGAUACUCGGUUGAGACCGUUUAUGAUAUAGAGUGUGUUCAGAGGAUUUUGGAUAAUUUUUUGACAGUCUCGGUUGAAUCUUCAUCUCCAUGCAUAGUUGAAGAAGGUCAAGUGGUUAGUACUGAAAAUAAUAAUAAUAAUUGUGAUGGCAUGGGACCUAUGACAAUGGUGGCCAAUCUGGUUGAUGGGUAUCUUGCUGAGGUGGCUGUUGAUGUUAACUUGAAGUUGCCAAAGUUUCAAGCUCUUGCUGCUGUCAUACCUGAUUAUGUUAGAGCUAUUGAUGAUGGUAUUUAUAAUGCAAUUGAUGUCUACUUAAAGGCACAUCCAUGGAUUACAGAUUCAGAUAGAGAACAACUCUGCAGACUAAUGAACUGCCAGAAACUGUCACUGGAAGCCAGCACCCAUGCAGCCCAAAACGACAGGCUCCCUCUUCGAGUUAUCGUUCAAGUCCUUUUCUUCGAACAGCUUCGCCUCAGGACAUCAAUUUCAGGGUGGUUUUUUGUCUCAGACAAUCUUGACAGCUCUCAAAAUCUUCCUAUCAGCACUGGAAAUCUUGGUCUGAUCCCCAGAACCGAUGGCUACCGUCCAGUGGAGCCUGCCAAAGAUCAAGAACAGCUGAUUAAGUGUAGUGUUGAUGAUCAUGACAUGAAGCUACGUGUUUUGGAGAUCGAAAAGGAGUGUUCCAACAUGAAAAAAGAGCUUCAGAAGCUGACCAAAACCAAGAAAAGUUGGAGUCUUCUUCCCAAGAGUUUUGGCUUUAGGAGAAAAUCUCAGUCUUCUAGCCAAAAGGAAUCGAGGUCAGUACAUUCGAGUGCCUCUGCCCACAGGCAUCCUUCCUCCGAGGAGGGAAAGGAAAGCAUCCCUCCCAAUUCGCUCGAGAAGUCUGCGGUCGGGGAACGAGGCCAAUGAUGAAGCCUCG